AUGGAGGUGCAGGCCGUCGGCGGAGCGGCAGGUGGAUACCCAGUGGACAUCUUGGAAGAUGACCCUGAGGGCCAUCGGGAAGCAGCCCUGGCAUGCUACGCCUCGCUCAGGGACAGUGCUGAAGUGCCCCCUGCAGUAUUGUGCCUUCCCACUGGGGAGCAGGUGAAGGUUGAGGCUGCAUCCAUUUGCCUUCGCACUGUGUACCGUGAUGACCCGCAACAGAAACUUCUGGUCUUGGUUAGUCCUCGGGACACAAAGACAGUUGUGGCCAUCUACCUGAAGGACUCCUGGUGGUGCACGGAAGAUGUCCUGCGAACCUCUGAUCCAGCCAGGGAAGGUCUCAUGGAGGUUCAGGCACUCGGGGAGAGGCUCGUGCUCUUCGUUCUCAACGUUGUCAUUUUUGGAGGACUGGAGCGCAAGCUGGAUGAUGCCAUGUUUUUCCUGCCUCACUCUGCAAAGGAGCGAGCGAAGAUUCUGUGGAGAGACGGAGCAGCUGUUGGGUUUUAUACAAUCAAAAGGACAGGCAGCCUGUGUGGCGAUGGCACCGGCACGUGCUACCUGCUGCCGGUCUUGGACACCCUGUUCGUCAGGACGAAACACCGGCGCCAGGGCCUUGGGACAGCCAUGCUGCGGGACUUCUGCGAGACGUUCCCAGAAGAGCAGGCGCUGGGCAUCAGCUGCCCCAUUUCUCCUGCCAUGUACCAAGUCUGCAGGCAGUUCCUGUUGGCCCGUCCUGAGGAGAGAGGCCGCCUGUGGGAGGUGGAGGCGCCAGGGGCCUGGGGCCAGCGCAGCAACAUCUGGCUCAAAGUUCAACUUCAGCAGGCAAGACUUCCAGUCUGGACCCCAGGCGGGCUGUACCUCGCCCAGGAGCGCUUCUGCAGCCGGCCUCAUCCUGAGAGGACCCACGGAGAGCCGGAUGACGCAAGGAAGGAGCGACAUGGCGGAGAGAUGGAGGAGGCUGAGAGAAUCGCGGGGGAGACCCUGCGCGGCCCAGCUGGAGGAGGUGGCGGCCACCGGGAGGAUGGUGGAACCAUGCUGCCGGAGGCCCACACAGCCCACUCCAGCUUUGAGAUUGAAGAGCUGGCCCAGGGCUUUUGGGUCGGGAAGUGCCCGGCUGCCAACCUGGAGGCCUUUGCUUUGCACCGAGAAAGCCCAGUCCUGUGGAUCCCCAUGAGGGCAGGGCAGGAACAGGGGCAUGCUGUCCACCGCCAUUAUUGCGGGCCUGUCCUCUUUGUGCUGGAUCCACAGAUCCAGUGA